AUGGACUCAUUUGUUGCUUCACCUCGUGACAAGAAGCGGUACGAUGUAUUCGUCAGCUUCCGAGGAAAAGAUACACGUAGAGGCAUCGUCAGCCACUUGCACAGCGCACUUGUCGGGAGAGUUGAUGACACAUUCAAAGAUGACGAAACAAUUGAAAUUGGUGACACAAUUUCUGAAGAAAUCAAGGAAGCUAUACGGAACUCCAAGUUUGCCAUUGUGGUUAUCUCCAAAGACUAUGUUUCCUCAACUUGGUGCCUGAACGAGCUCCAAAUGAUAAUGGAUCUUCACAAGAAGAAGCAACUCCUUGUUCUCCCAAUCUUCUACGACGUGGUUCCUUCAGAUGUUAAGCACCAGAGAGGCACAUUUUCCUUAAGACGGUAUCAACCCUCGAUGGUUAUGCGAUUACUUUCCAGCAAGGAAAGAACAAUGGCGGCACAUGUUCGGAAAUGGAGAAAAGCCCUCACCCGAGUCGGAGGAGUAUCAGGCAAGGAUUCUAGAGCCUGGUGA